GUGAUCUCAUCGCAUACAAGUAAAUCCUCUCAGAAUCCCAUCUUCUGAAUUAUAGCAGACACUGAGGCGAAGCACUGAGUUACUUGACCAGCACACAGUUCGUGCACAAUUUCUCAGGAUCAUCAUCUCUUAACAAAAAAAGGCGGGAGACUUGAGGGGCAACCAUGCCUGAAAGAGAGUCAGUGAUCGAAAAGACUGACAUGUCGGAGAAGAUGCAGCAUGACGCCGUGGAGCUUGCCAGCCAGGCCCUGGAGAAGCAUUACUCUGAGCUGGACAUGGCUUCAUACAUCAGAGGGGAGUUUGACAAGAUAUAUAACCCGGCCUGGCACUGCAUCGUUGGGAGGAACUUCGUCAGCGAAGUGACUCAUGAUUCCAGGCAUUUCAUUUACUUUUACUUUGGUCAGAUGGCCAUCCUGCUGUUCAAGUCCGGCUGAGGGACGCAUUAUUUUUGCUUUUUUUUUAUUUAAGUGGCCGGUACCUCUUGAGGUUACAAAAAAGAACGUGGCCAUGUUAAAGAAUGAAUAAACAUUUAUUUUUGUCUCAUUACGUGAUUUUUUAAAUAUUAUUAUUAAAGCAUAGCUGUUAAGCUGUCUGAGUUCAA